GGAGCAUCCCGAGUAGCCAAUCAGGGAUAGGCUGGGGGGGCCGCUUUGAAGAAGUUUGGGGGAAAAAAGUUUGGAAAAGUUUCUAUAAUAACGAGGGGGCGUCCGGAGGGAGGCGGCAGAGACGGAGGAGGGGGCGUCUCAGAAAAAGGGAGGGAGGGAGCCACUCGCGUGAAGAUACAGCAGCCUCCUGAGCUCCCCCCUCCCACCCAGGCCGGGACCUGGGGGCUCUGUCCGGAUCCAUGGGGGCAGCGAGCUGCGAGGAUGAGGAGCUGGAAUUUAAGCUGGUGUUCGGGGAGGAAAAGGAGGCCCCCCCGCUGGGCGCGGGGGGGUCGGGGGAAGAACUGGACUCCGAGGAUGCCCCACCAUGCUGCCGUUUGGCCCUGGGGGAGCCCCCUCCCUAUGGCGCUGCCCCUAUUGGCAUUCCCCGACCUCCACCCCCUCGGCCUGGCAUGCACUCACCACCGCCCCGUCCGGCUCCUUCACCUGGCACCUGGGAGAGCCAGCCUGCCCGGUCGGUGAGGCUGGGAGGGCCAGGAGGGAGUGCUGGGGGUACUGGGGGUGGCCGUGUUCUUGAGUGUCCCAGCAUUCGCAUCACCUCCAUCUCUCCCACUCCUGAGCCACCGGCCCCACUAGAAGACAAUCCUGAUGCCUGGGGGGACAGUUCUCCCAGAGAUUAUCCCCCGCCGGAAGGCUUUGGGGGCUACCGAGAGGCCGGAGGCCAGGGUGGAGGGGCCUUCUUCAGCCCCAGCCCAGGCAGCAGCAGUUUGUCCUCGUGGAGCUUCUUCUCCGACGCCUCGGAUGAGGCAGCCCUGUAUGCCGCCUGCGAUGAGGUGGAGUCUGAGCUAAAUGAGGCCGCUUCCCGCUUUGGCCUGGGCUCGCCACUGCCCUCGCCCAGGGCUUCCCCUAGGCCAUGGACCCCUGAGGAUCCCUGGAGCCUGUACGGUCCUAGCCCCGGAGGGCGGGGUCCUGAGGACAGCUGGCUACUCCUCAGCGCUCCUGGGCCCACCCCAGCCUCCCCUCGUCCUGCUUCUCCCUGUGGCAAGCGGCGCUAUUCCAGCUCCGGAACCCCAUCAUCGGCUUCUCCAGCCCUAUCCCGCCGUGGCAGUCUGGGGGAAGAGGGGCCUGAGCCACCUCCUCCUCCCCCAUUGCCUCUGGCACGGGACCCUGGCUCCCCUGGCCCCUUUGACUACGUGGGGGCCCCAACAUCAGAGAGCAUCCCUCAGAAGACCCGAAGGACUUCAAGCGAGCAGGCAGUGGCUCUGCCUCGGUCCGAGGAGACUGCUUCGUGCAAUGGAAAGCUGCCUUCGGGAGCAGAGGAGGCUGUGGCUCCUUCAGGUGGUUCCCGGAAGGAGGUAGCUGGUAUGGACUACCUGGCAGUGCCUUCUCCCCUUGCGUGGUCCAAGGCCCGGAUUGGGGGACACAGCCCUAUCUUCAGGACCUCUGCCCUACCCCCUCUGGACUGGCCUCUGCCCAGCCAGUAUGAGCAGCUGGAGCUGAGGAUCGAGGUGCAGCCUAGAGCCCACCACAGGGCCCACUAUGAGACAGAGGGCAGCCGGGGAGCUGUCAAAGCUGCUCCUGGUGGUCACCCUGUAGUCAAGCUCCUAGGCUACAGUGAGAAGCCACUGACCCUACAGAUGUUCAUUGGCACUGCAGAUGAAAGGAACUUGAGGCCUCAUGCAUUCUAUCAGGUGCACCGCAUUACUGGGAAGAUGGUAGCCACUGCCAGCUAUGAAGCUGUCGUCAGUGGUACCAAAGUAUUGGAGAUGACCCUGCUCCCUGAGAACAACAUGGCUGCAAACAUUGACUGUGCUGGAAUCUUGAAGCUUCGGAAUUCAGACAUUGAGCUGCGGAAGGGUGAGACAGACAUCGGACGCAAAAACACGCGUGUGCGACUGGUGUUUCGGGUGCACGUGCCACAGGGCGGAGGCAAGGUCGUCUCGGUGCAGGCAGCAUCGGUGCCCAUUGAGUGCUCCCAGCGCUCAGCCCAGGAGCUGCCCCAGGUGGAAGCCUACAGUCCCAGUGCUUGCUCAGUGAGAGGAGGCGAGGAACUAGUACUGACUGGCUCCAACUUCCUGCCGGACUCCAAGGUGGUGUUCAUUGAGAGGGGCCCUGAUGGAAAGCUGCAAUGGGAGGAGGAGGCCACAGUGAACCGAUUGCAGAGCAAUGAGGUGACACUGACCCUGACUGUCCCUGAGUACAGCAACAAGCGUGUGUCCCGGCCAGUCCAGGUCUACUUUUAUGUCUCCAAUGGGCGGAGGAAGCGCAGUCCUACCCAGAGUUUCAAGUUCCUGCCUGUGAUCUUCAAGGAGGAGCCCCUACCAGACUCAUCUCUCCGGGGCUUCCCUUCAGCAUCGGGCCCCCCUUUUGGCACUGACAUGGACUUCUCACCACCCAGGCCCCCCUACCCCUCCUAUCCCCAUGAAGACCCUGCUUAUGAAAAUCCUUACCUGUCAGAAGGUUUUGGCUAUGGCACGCCCCCUAUGUACCCACAGACAGGGCCCCCACCAUCUUACAGAUCAGGCCUGCGGAUGUUCCCUGAAUCUCGGGGUACCACAGGUUGUGCCCGCCCACCUCCAGUCUCCUUCCUUCCCCGCCCCUUCCCUAGUGACCCAUAUGGAGCACGGGGCUCCUCUUUUCCCCUGGGACUUUCAUUCUCUCCUCCAGCCCCCUUUCGGCCUCCACUACCUUCAUCCCCACCACUUGAAGGCCCCUUCUCUACCCAAAGUAGUGUUCAUUCCCUACCCGCUGAGGGAUACAAUGAGGUAGGGCCAGGCUAUGGCCCUGGGGAGGGGGCUCCGGAGCAGGAGAAAUCCAGGGGUGGCUACAGCAGCGGCUUCCGAGACAGUGUCCCUAUCCAGGGUAUCACGCUGGAGGAAGUGAGUGAGAUCAUUGGCCGAGACCUGAGUGGCUUCCCUGCACCUCCUGGAGAAGAGCCUCCUGCCUGAACCACCACCUGGCAAACCCAGCCCAAGUCUCAGCCCUGCCUGCUUCCCCUUCUACCUGGAUGCUGGCUCCAGAAGCUUUGGGCCAACUCUAGUUUCUUUUUCCCCAGCUUCUGCCUGUCUCCCCUCCUCUCCCACCAAAUGAGGUGUGGCCCCCAGGCCUGGUGCUGCCUUGAAGGACUGGGGGAGGGAUUGUGUAGAGGGCAGAGGAAGGGGGUGGAGACCGAGGCUGGGUGCCAGAACUGACAGGUGGAGAUGAUGUCCAGCUUGUGUGCAGGCUAUGGUGCUGUGAGGCUGGGGACAGGUUGAUGGGUAAUAAACUGCUCACUGACCAGUG